UAAGCAAAGUCUAUCUCUAUUCUACUUGCAUGCCUCCCUGCUUUUCAAUCUCUUCAUCAAAUUGAUGAUGAUUUAAACAAGUGUUAUUUUUGGUUAUUCCUUAGAUUAGAUGUCAGUGUCAAUAGAGUUGGGAUUUGAGGCCCCACAAUCCGUGUUCUUGAGUUGAUAUUUCUAGGAGAACGAGAAGACAAAGAGAGGGGCUUCAAUUCGAGAAUCAACCAAUUUGGCUGUUAAAUUUGAAAAUUUCCUGUUUUGACUUUGAAGAGAUGAAAAAAUAGUUUUGAUCAAAGAAAGAUGAAGUUUUGAGGAUUAUAGCAUAUGGGUGGUUCCUUGCUGUUGCCACAUUUGGUUCACUGAGGAUUUUUGGCAUGUCAGUGUUAACAUUUGAACUCAGCGGUUGAUAUAUUCACUACAUUUAUCAGAUUUUUUAGAUUGAAUUCACUGUAUGAUCGCUGAUCUGGCUUACUGGGUUUUAGUCAAAGUUGAUUUGGGGUGUUCAUUUGGUUUUAGCUGUGCUAAUUAAAGCUGAAUAGUGGUUUAGGGUUUUCAGAUGUGUUACUGUUUCUUGAAGUUGAAGGUUGUUUGGUAAUUUCUAGUUUUGAUUGAUGAAGUUUGCUUCUUGAAUAAUCUUUCAGUUAAAAAAAGGUUUGGAAUUUUGGUUAUGUCCAUAAACUACAGAGAAGAGUUCAAUAGUGAUCAAUUUUUGUUUGUCUUUUUUCCUGGAUUUGCGUUGUAUUAUUAGAGAAUUUAAGAAAGCUUUGUAGAUUCUGGUAUAUGAAUAAAUUUUACCAGAUAGUUGUUAGUUGGCCAUUGUAAGAUUUUGUUACUUAACUGAUGGCAACAAGUUCACCACCUCCAAAUGCAUCUCCCACUGCAGCGCCACCUUCACCACCCUCCACCACCUCUCCACCACCGUCCAACACCAGUACACCACCAUCAUCACAGCCCUCUUCUCCACCUCCUACAAUCUCCCCACCUUCUGAGCCCAAUGCUAACCCUCCUGAUCCCUCUACACCUUCUACUCCACCUCCUGCACAACCACCUGUCUCACCACCACCUCCUCAAAAUGCAUCUCCACCGCCGUUGGCAUCUACAACUUCUCCCCCUCCUCCUCAACAAUCCAUUUCACCUACAUCACCACCACCAUCUCCACCUGUAUCCAAUCCGCCGCCACCAGCACCAGAAGCAUCCAAUACACCUCCACCAAGUUCGUCGCCUCCACCACCGCCAGUAUCUAAUCCACCAAGGAGUUCACCUCCAUCAUCACCAGCAUCUACUUCACCAACUAAUUCCCCUCCACCACCACCAGUGGCCAGUCCACCAACAAGUCCUUCUCCACCACCAGUGGCCAAUCCACCAACGAGUCCUCCUCCAUCCCCACCAGUGGCCAAUCCACCAAUGAGUCCUCCUCCACCAUCACCAGUGGCCAAUCCACCAACAAGUCCUCCUCCACCACCAAAUUCAUCUCCCCCACCACCAAAAGCUUCAGCUCCACAACCAAAGCCAUCUACUCCACCAAAUAGUUCGCCCCCGCCCCCGCCACCACCAUCAACUGUUUCGCCUCAAAGUCCACCACCAUCAUCAUCAUCCACCCCACCUACAAGUUCAGCCCCUGCGCCUGCAGUGCCUCCUAGUAAUGCAGCUCCACCUACUAAUCAAACUCCUUCUCCACCUCCUUCUGGGGGAGUUCCUUCUGGUUCAAAUUCUUCUAUAAAUUCAUCACCACCCCCAGCUUUAAUAAGACUGUCACCGCCUCCUCCUCAAACUCCAGCCUCACCAAAUGUUAAUGGACCUAGUCCUAGUUCUCCUGAAAGCUCCAGUCCUUCAGAUAAUGGCGGCAUCAGUACCACAGGUCUAGUGGUUAUUGGUGUGGCCGUAGGAAUCAUAGCACUUACCCUCAUUGGACUGGUUGUUUGGUGCCUGAGGAAGCUAAGGAAGGAGCCUUCUGCACUUCAUAAUGUCUAUGUUGCGCCAUCCCCUCUGGGCUCUUCCCCCAGAUCAGAAACAUCUUAUACAAAGACAGCAGCUUCAGCUCCUCUUAUAAGAAGUGGCGGUUCUGGCAGCGAAUCAGUGUAUUCGUCUAAAGAGCCAGGUGGAUUGGGCAAUUCAAGGUCACUAUUUACGUAUGAAGAGUUAGUCAAGGCCACGGAUGGGUUUUCCACUCAGAAUCUUUUGGGCGAAGGUGGAUUUGGCUCUGUCUACAAAGGGUAUUUGCCAGAUGGGAGAGAUGUAGCAAUAAAGCAGUUAAAAAUUGGUGGGGGGCAGGGUGAGCGAGAAUUUAAGGCUGAGGUUGAGAUUAUUAGCCGUAUACACCAUCGACAUUUGGUUUCAUUAGUGGGUUAUUGCGUUUCUGAGAAUCGAAGACUGCUUAUAUAUGACUAUGUCCCUAACAAUACCCUUUAUUUCCAUCUUCAUGAAGGUAGACCAGUUUUAGAUUGGGCAACACGUGUAAAAAUUGCUGCUGGGGCAGCUCGUGGAAUAGCUUAUCUCCAUGAGGAUUGUCAUCCCCGUAUUAUUCAUAGAGAUAUCAAGUCAUCAAACAUUCUUUUGGAUAACAACUUUGAAGCUCAAGUUUCAGACUUUGGGCUUGCCAAAUUAACUCUUGAUGCAAAUACACAUGUGACCACACGUGUUAUGGGAACUUUUGGAUACAUGGCCCCUGAAUAUGCAUCAAGUGGCAAGUUGACUGAGAAAUCUGAUGUAUUCUCGUUUGGAGUUGUACUUUUGGAGCUAAUUACUGGCAGAAAGCCUGUGGAUACAUCCCAACCAGUUGGAGAUGAGAGUCUGGUGGAAUGGGCUCGUCCAUUGCUAAGUCAUGCACUUGAUAAUGAAGAAUUUGACGGAUUGGCUGAUCCAAAGCUUGGAAAAGACUAUGUUGAAAGUGAGAUGUUUCGGAUGAUUGAGGCUGCUGCAGCUUGUGUACGACAUUCAGCUGCCAAGAGGCCACGAAUGGGACAGGUUGUCAGAGCUUUUGAUAGUUUAGCCACGUCAGAUCUAAGCAAUGGAAUGAGAGUUGGUGAAAGUGAGAUUUUUAACACUGCACAACAAUCUGAAGAAAUUAGAUGGUUCCGAAGGAUGGCAUUUGGUAGUCAAAAUUACAGUACAGAUUUUUUUAGCCAGGGUAGCAAGGAUAAUUAAGAGGAAUAGUAAAUAUUAUGGGGAGAUUUGUUUACAUUUAAAGCAUGAGGGUUUGCCUUGCCAAAAUGGAUCCAUGUUCGAGUUGCAUUCACCCCAUUUAUGCAGAGAUUUAUUUUUCAAACCCUAACACUUGUAAUUAGGUUCUUUGGUAUCAACAUAUUUGCUGCAAUUCUUUGAGCUUGUAAUUAUUCUUAGCAAAUUUUUCAUACAACAUUGUUUAAUGAUGAUAAUAAAGUUCUUAUACAAAUUUGUUCUA